AUGUUACCCACCACAGACACGGAAACUUCCUCACCGGAGGAGGACUGCCUCCAAACGCCGUCGUCAGCCGCCACCAUAAUCGCCAGCAACGACGACCUCUUGACGGAGAUCAUCGUCUGCACGCCUGUCAACUCUCUGAUCAGAUUCAAAUCCGUCUCCAAACACUGGUUCUCUCUCAUCUCUGCCUCCCAUUUCUCUCUCCUCCACACUAUGCGACGCCCAAACCGCAGACCCUCCGGCCUCUUCCUCCGCAAAGCUCCCUCUAUACCCAGCAGCUUCGCCAAGACAGAAUACGAGUUCGUUUCCUUGAGCAACAGCAAUUUCUCUGGAGCCCCCUUUAGAUCUCUCAAUUUCGCCGACGCCCCAUCAGGUAUCCAAAUCUCACAGUCUUGCAAUGGUUUGUUGCUCUGUUGUACUUUACGGAAAGAAACUCGGAAUUAUUAUAUAUACAAUCCCACCACCAAGCAAUACUCGACACUUCCAGUACCUCACAGUGGAGCUAAAUCUUCUACUGUUUUCGGUGUUAAUUUGGCUUUUGAUCCAUUGAAAUCUAUUCAUUAUAAGGUUAUUUGCGUUCGUAGCACGGCUCCUUCUGUAUACUGUAUCGAUGAGUAUUCAUCGGAGACUCGGUCUUGGAGGUCAUGUGGGGAUCCCUUUACGACCUCACAUGAUAGGGUGCUCACUGAUGGGGUCUUUUGGAACAGCUCGGUUCAUUGGAUUAGUCCCAGUGGAGCUUCUUUGCGUUUUGACAUUGAUCAUGAGUGUCUCGGAACAAUGCCGAUGAUUCCAGCAGUUUCUGGGGAUCGGGGGCCGAGGAGGGAUACGUACUUUGGCCAGGCUAAUGGCCAUUUGCAUCUUAUAGAGACUUAUGGGAAUCUGACGACGCAAUUUGAUGUUUUUGAGAUGGAGAGGGACUACUCUAAAUGGUUUGUGAAGUAUAGUGUUGAUCUUGUUGGAAUUUUAAAUGCAUUUCCAGAGAUGGAACAGAGGGGUUGUAUACAUUAUUAUGCUUACUGUAUACUUAGUCUUGUUCGAGAAGAUCACGAAGACGAGUCGUCGUUGCUGGUGCACGUACCCGGCGGUAAGGUCUUAUCUUAUAAGUUUAAGGAUAAUACUUUCAAGGAGCUUCAUAAUUCGGCACCUGAAAAUUUUUACCAAUGCCUUCCUUUGCAAUUUCGAAGUUAUUAUGCUUAUACAUACAUAGAGUCUCUAGCUUCAGUUUGA